CCACGCCCAAACCAAGGCUUUAAAUACACUGUGUGGUACGUCACUUUUAUGCGACCUCAUCUUUGUCAGUGCACAAAAUGGCGCCUUAUAGCCUACUGGUGACCCGGCUGCAGAAAGCCCUGGGUGUGCGGCAGUACCAUGUGGCCUCCGUCCUGUGCCAACGGGCCAAGGUGGCCAUGAGCCACUUUGAGCCCAAUGAGUACAUUCGCUAUGACCUGCUAGAGAAGAACAUUAACAUUGUUCGCAAACGGUUGAACCGGCCCUUGACCCUCUCAGAGAAGAUUGUGUAUGGACACCUGGAUGACCCAGCCAACCAGGAGAUUGAGCGGGGCAAGACAUACCUGCGGUUACGGCCUGACCGCGUGGCUAUGCAGGAUGCCACAGCCCAGAUGGCGAUGCUGCAGUUCAUCAGCAGUGGGCUGCCCAAGGUGGCCGUGCCGUCCACCAUCCACUGUGACCAUCUGAUCGAGGCCCAGCUUGGGGGUGAGAAAGACCUGCGCCGGGCCAAGGACAUAAACCAGGAAGUGUAUAAUUUCCUGGCAACUGCCGGUGCCAAGUAUGGUGUGGGCUUCUGGAGGCCUGGAUCUGGAAUCAUUCACCAGAUCAUUCUGGAAAACUAUGCAUAUCCAGGGGUUCUUCUGAUUGGCACCGAUUCCCACACCCCCAAUGGUGGUGGCUUGGGGGGCAUCUGCAUUGGAGUUGGGGGUGCUGAUGCAGUAGAUGUCAUGGCUGGGAUCCCCUGGGAGCUGAAGUGUCCGAAGGUGAUUGGUGUGAAGCUGACAGGCUCCCUCUCUGGUUGGACCUCACCCAAAGAUGUGAUCCUGAAGGUAGCAGGCAUCCUUACUGUGAAAGGUGGAACAGGUGCCAUUGUGGAAUACCACGGGCCUGGUGUGGACUCCAUCUCCUGCACUGGCAUGGCAACAAUCUGCAAUAUGGGCGCAGAAAUUGGGGCUACCACUUCAGUGUUCCCUUACAACCACAGGAUGAAGAAAUACCUGAACAAGACAGGCCGGGCAGACAUUGCCAGUCUAGCCGAGGAAUUCAAGGAUCAUUUGGUACCUGACCCUGGCUGCCAGUAUGACCAACUCAUUGAAAUUAACCUCAGCGAGCUGAAGCCGCACAUCAAUGGACCCUUCACUCCUGACCUGGCUCACCCUGUGGCAGAAGUUGGUACUGUGGCAGAGAAGGAAGGAUGGCCUCUGGACAUCCGAGUGGGUCUGAUUGGUAGCUGCACCAAUUCAAGCUAUGAGGACAUGGGGCGCUCAGCAGCUGUGGCCAAGCAGGCAUUGGCCCAUGGACUCAAGUGCAAGUCCCAGUUCACCAUCACACCAGGCUCUGAACAGAUCCGUGCCACCAUUGAACGGGAUGGCUAUGCACAGAUUCUGAGGGAUGUGGGUGGCAUCGUCCUGGCCAAUGCAUGUGGCCCUUGUAUUGGCCAGUGGGACAGGAAGGACAUCAAGAAGGGAGAGAAGAACACAAUUGUCACUUCCUACAACAGGAAUUUCACAGGCCGUAAUGAUGCAAACCCUGAGACCCAUGCUUUUGUCACAUCCCCAGAGAUUGUCACAGCUUUGGCCAUUGCAGGGACCCUCAAGUUCAACCCAGAAACUGAUUUCCUGACAGGCAAGGAUGGCAAGAUCAAGCUGGAGGCUCCAGAUGCAGAUGAGCUGCCCCGAGCGGAGUUUGACCCAGGACAGGACACCUACCAGCAUCCCCCCAAGGACAGCAGUGGGCAGCGGGUAGAUGUGAGUCCUACUAGCCAGCGCCUGCAGCUCCUGGAGCCUUUCGACAAGUGGGAUGGCAAAGACCUAGAGGACCUACAGAUCCUUAUCAAGGUCAAAGGGAAGUGUACCACAGACCACAUCUCAGCUGCAGGCCCCUGGCUCAAGUUCCGUGGGCACCUGGACAACAUCUCUAACAACUUGCUCAUUGGUGCCAUCAACAUUGAAAAUGGCAAAGCCAACUCUGUACGCAACGCUGUCACCCAGGAGUUUGGCCCUGUCCCUGACACUGCCCGCUACUACAAGAAACACGGCAUCAGGUGGGUGGUGAUUGGAGACGAGAACUAUGGUGAGGGCUCCAGUCGGGAGCAUGCAGCACUGGAGCCUCGCCACCUUGGGGGCCGGGCCAUCAUCACCAAGAGCUUCGCUAGGAUCCAUGAAACCAACCUGAAGAAGCAGGGUCUGUUGCCCCUCACCUUUGCUGACCCUGCCGACUACAACAAGAUACACCCUGUGGACAAGUUGACCAUUCAGGGCUUGAAGGACUUUGCCCCUGGCAAGCCCCUGAAAUGCAUCAUCAAGCACCCCAACGGGACCCAGGAGACCAUCCUCCUGAACCACACCUUCAACGAGACCCAGAUUGAGUGGUUCCGUGCCGGCAGCGCUCUGAACAGGAUGAAGGAGCUCCAGCAGUAAGGAAGGGCCCUGCUCUGCCCUGCCCCCACCUCGCUGGUCACAAGUGCAGUUCUGUGAGCAUCGUCAGGGCCACUCUGGUCCAUCCAAUCAUGGCUUCCUACUCCGGGAUGGUGUGACCAGACAUGCUUCCUGCUCUUUCCCGCCUCAGCCCACUCAGUGACCCAUGAUGGGAGCUUUUAAAAUCAUUUUCCAGCCCUUGCCUUCCCACUUUAUAGUUUGGUUCAAAUCUUGAGCAGCACGGCCUAACUCCUUUAUUUUUUAUGACAACACUCCCUCCUAAAGAAGUUUUUAUUCUGCCUGAUCAUUUGAUGGGUGGCUGAAGGAUUUUAGAGAACAUUUUUUUCUUGCAAGAAAAAUAAGAAUCCAAAUUCAUUGACUGUU